AUGGGGUUGGAGGGGGUGAGGACCCUGCUGCUCCCGCAGGCUGGCUGGAGAGUCCCCUGCACCGCUAAUGGCCCUGUCUGCUCCUUGUCCCCAGAGCUGAUCGUGGAGUUGGGGCAAUCCCAGGGUGAGAAGUUCAGCAAGGAGCAGGUCCAGGAGCUGCUGCGCUAUGAGUUGGGUUUCCUGAUCUGCGCGGCCAUCGGGCUCCUCUUCAUCAUCCUCGUGCCCCUGGUGGGAUGCUGCUUCUGCUGCUGCCGCAUCGGGCCCACUCUGGGUGGCGAGAUCGUCUCCAGCAUCAGGAGGAGUGUGAAUAAGGCAGUGGGAUCCCUCCAGAGCCUGCUGGAAGUGAUGGAGAAGCUGGCUGCUGCCUUCAGCCGCAUCAACAGCACUAGCUCGCGCCUCAAGGAGCUGCAGAGCAACUACAGCCAGAGGUUGGCCAGCCUGCGGGACAGCAUCAAUCACACCCUGCAGGACUGCGGGCAGCCCUGCAGCAACGUGUCCCUGGACAGCCUCGGGUUCAAGGCCAACUUCAGCGUGAUCCCCAGUGUGGACCAGCAGCUGAAGGCUCUGGAAGAUGUGUCCAGCUCCAACCUGGUGGCCACUUUGGAGCAGGUUAACCGCACGCUGAACGAGACCUCUGACAAGGUGCAGGAGCAGUCCCAGGAUGUGGUGACAAAGACCCAGGACCAGCUGGGCCACAUCAGGCAGGAGAUCAGCAACUUGCCCGAGCGCUUCCCGGUGGAGGGCUGGGAGGGCAGCAGCGUGGCCUUUCUGAACACCACCACCUCCACGCUGGAGGAAUACAGAGAGCCGGUGACCGCCUUUGAGAGGCUCAGGUGGAGCCUGUGUGUCCUCCUGUGCUGCAUGGUGCUGCUGGUGGUUGUCUGCAACGUGUUUGGGCUGGUGCUGGGGCCCCUGGGCCUCGAGGCAGCCGCGCUGCCCACGGAGCGGAGCUGACUCUCCAACGCCGGCGGGGACUUCUUCAUGGCAGGGGUCGGCUUCAGCUUUCUCUUCUCCUGGCUGCUGAUGCUGGUGGUGCUGGUCCCCUUUGUGCUGGGAGGGAACAUCUACAUGCUCUUCUGCCAGUCCCUGCACGACCAGCAGCUCUUUGAGCUCCUGGAUACCCCCGGCCUGAUCCCUGGCUUCAACUUGUCCCAGGUGCUGGGCGAAGGCAGCACAGUGAACAUCUCAGAGCUGUACAGGCAGUGCCAGGACAACACUGCCCUGUGGCAAACGCUGCACCUCGACCAGAGGAUCUCCCUGGACGAGCUCCUGAACAUCAGCCAGUACACGGCAGAGAUCUCUGCAGCCUUCGAGAAGGUGAACAUCACCCUGAGCCCCAUCUCCCUGCUCAACAGCACCCAGAAGGACGUGAUGCCGGAGGCCAGCUCAUGGCUUUGGCUCUGCCUUUUCCAGCUGGAUCAGAGCGUGACCCACGGAAGCCUCCAGGACCUGGCCGCGGAGCUGGAGCUGCUGGCAAAGGAAGCGGGCACAGGUGCAAAACGGGACCUGGAGGAUGAAGCGAGAGAGCUGAGGGAGCUGGACAAGGAGAUGAACGCGAGCUUGUCCAGGCUGCUGGUGAGCGACGCUGGCCCCGGCCCGUGGGCUCCGAGCGACGUCGGGCUGCUCGCCCUGCCCGUUGCCCUCCUCGGGAGGUCCCCUGCACCCCGGGUGCCCCCUCGCCCUGGGGUGCCCCAUGCAGGAGGCCUGGAGGGGGAGAAGGAGGGUUUGCAGCCCCAUUGCUGCCGGGCUGAGUUGGGAUGCUUCCUGCACGGGGAGAAGGGGCACAGUGUGGGCUGGGGGUGCAGCGUGUCCCCUCUCUGCCUGCCCCCCCAGGAGACGCGGGCCUUCCUGCAGCAGCUGCAGGGCUUCUUCGAGACCUACGUUGCCUGGGCCAAGAGCAGCCUCACGAGAGAGGUGGCUCGUUGCAAGCCUGUGGCUCGGACCCUGGACAGCGUGGAGGCCAUGGCCUGCGACUACAUCCUGGACUCUUUGAACACCUUCUGGUUCAGCCUGGGCUGGUGCACCUUCCUCCUGCUGCCUGGCCUCAUCCUCGCUGUGCGACUCGCCAAGUUUUACCGCCGGAUGGACAUCGCUGACGUCUACGAGAGCGAAGUCUUAGAGAUGGCACCUGCACUGAACUCGUUCCAAAUUCCCCGGGUGGCUGCAAGGAAGUAGCACCCACUGCCUGCAGCGUGGGCACGAAGGAGAUUGGGUGGCCCAGGCUGGCUGCAUGUGACUGCUCUGUCUGCUGCGCCGUCUCCCCUGGGUGCUGGGGAGCAGGCUGGGACCCCCCCAGCUGAAACCCCCUCCCCAUUUCCCGGUAGGUGACAGCGUGCUGUGGCUGGGUGACAGGCUGGUGGCCCGUGCUGGGGCUCCCACAGCAUCAUGUGGCGUGCGCAAGUGCAAUGCCCAGGUGCGUGCACGGCGGGGGUCUGCCCCUUGUGCUGCCCCAGGUGGGUUUUCACACCCCCUGUCACCGCCCUGGGGGGGGAGGAGGAAGAAGCCUCUCUCUCCCACCAUGUCUUGUCCUAGCCACACAGUGUCAUGUGUGCGGAUGUGCUGUGCUGGGACAGCAGCCCUCAUUGCCAGCUUCCCGCUGGGCCAUGCAGGCCCAGGGUGGCACGUGCCACCAGCCAACGGCAACCUGCUUACUCAGGCCCCUUGCUCUACAGGCAAUAUGACUAUUUAUUUUUGAACGGAGCAUGACUCUGUCCAAUGCUGUGAUUUUUUUGGUGUCAAAAAAUAAAUGAUGUGUGUGUGUGUGUGCAGGAGGCA